GUGAGAUACCAGCGAAGAAGAAAAUCCGGAAGUUAGUAAGUUUGUUCCAAAAAUGUGUAAAGUCAACCAAUUGAGAAUGUUGAUGGAGCAGCGACUGAAUUCUGUCAUUGAAGAAAUAUUUGGAGUGUUGGAAAGAACCAUAGCAGAGUACGAGGAGGAACUUUCUAGAACAAAAGAGAAGACAAAUCGACAACAAAAACUUCUGGACGCCGUUUUCAAACCUCGAGUUGUGCUACACAAAGCAGACAACCAACAUGUGUCAGUAAAGAGUCAAGAAGAGAUUCCAUCUCAGCAGCAGGAGUGGCGCUCCACUGUGGGGGAAAAGGAGCGAGAGCCCAACCUCACAGAGGAAAAGGAGAAAACGUGGGAGCAGACUCAAAGGUUGGAGGAGGAGGAGGAUGAUGAUGAUGACAAUGAGGCUCAGUUUUCACAGCUUCAUCACAGUCAAAGUGAGGAGUGCAGAGGGGCGGAGCUUCUAACUCAACACAUUGCAGGUGGAGAGCAUUGUGAAGAUAUAAACUCAGAACCAGACAGCAUCUUUGCUCCACUGUCAGAUAUAGACGGCAUGAUGUCAGACUCUUCUGAGAGCGAUCACAGUGACGACAUCCUAAAACCUUUGGAGAGUACAAGUGACUCUAAACGUGAUACGAGAGAUCAUACCUACUACAAACACUUUGACUGUGGGAGCUCAUUUAGACACAGCAGUCUUUUGACAACGUGUAUGAGAACACACACCGUAGCAAAACCUUUCGCGUGCUCAGUUUGCCAGAAGAGUUUUUACACAAAGGAUGGUAUGACCACACACACGCGAUCACACAUGGAGAUGAAAUUCCCAUGCUGGCUUUGCAAUGAAAGAUUCAAAAGUAAACAUCACGCCAUGAUACACAUGAGAACGCAUGCUGGGGAGAAACUGUUAAGUUGUAAUGUGUGUGACAGAAAGUUCACAUUAAAGGGUACCCUGAAAACACAUACAAUAAUACAUGCAGGGAAGAAACCCUUUUUAUGUUCAGAUUGUGCUGAAAGAUGAAGAUUAAAGCAAACUCGAUAUUACACACUGGUGAGAAACCUUUUACCUGCUCUGUUUGUAAGAAGAGUUUCUCCAUAAAGUAUAAUUUGACCACACACAUGGAAAAGAAUACAUUUUUCCUGCUCGAUUUGCCCUAAACGAUUAACUUUAAAAAGAGAAAAAUGAGAACAUACACUGGAGAGAAACCGUUCAUUUGUAACUUGUGCGAUCAAAGGUUCGCGUAUUGACUUGUAUUGUAUUCAGUUGGUUGCUUUGUUGGGCCUGCUCCUGUCUCAGGCCAUGCUCCCCCCCGCCCCAGGCCACCAAAGUGUAUAUGUUUUUGUUGUUUUACUUUUAUGGCUGUGUGUAGAAGUGGCUGGUUUCCCCACGGAGAUUUAUAAAAUAUUUCUGAUUCUGAUUAAUAUCAGGUCAGUACUUACAAACCCCGUUUCCAUAUGAGUUGGGAAAUUGUGUUAGAUGUAAAUAUAAACGGAAUACAAUGAUUUGCAAAUCAUUUUCAACCCAUAUUCAGUUGAAUAUGCUACAAAGACAACAUAUUUGAUGUUCAAACUGAUAAACAUUUUUUUGUUGUUGCUAAAAAUCAUUAACUUUAGAAUUUGAUGCCAGCAACACGUGACAAAGAAAUUGGGAAAGGUGGCAAUAAAUACUGAUAAAGUUGAGGAAUGCUCGUCAAACACUUAUUUGGAACAUCCCACAAGUGCACAGGCGAAUUGGGAACAGGUGGGUGCCAUGAUUGGGUAUCAAAGUAGAUUCCAAAGUAGUUGGGAAAGGGCAUGUUCACCACUGUGUUACAUGGCCUUUCCUUUUAACAACACUCAGUAAACGUUUGGGAACUGAGGAGACACAUUUGUUAAGCUUCUCAGGUGGAAUUCUUUCCCAUUCUUGCUUGAUGUACAGCUUAAGUUGUUCAACAGUCCGGGGGUCUCCGUUGUGGUAUUUUAGGCUUCAUAAUGCGCCACACAUUUUCAAUGGGAGACAGGUCUGGACUACAGGCAGGCCAGUCUAGUACCUGCACUCUUUUACUAUGAAGUCACGUUGAUACAACACGUGGCUUGGCCCUGUCUUGCUGAAAUAAGCAGGGGCGUGCGUCCAUGGUAACGUUGCUUGUAUGGCAACAUAUGUUGCUCCAAAACCUGUAUGUACCUUUCAGCAUUAAUGGCGCCUUCGCAGAUGUGUAAGUUACCCAUGUCUUGGGCACUAAUACACCCCCACACCAUCACAGAUGCUGGCUUUUAACUUUGCGCCUAUAACAAUCCGGAUGGUUCUUUUCCUCUUUGGUCCGGAGGACACGACGUCCACAGUUUCCAAAAACAAUUUGAAAUGUGGACUCGUCAGACCACAGAACACUUUUCCACUUUGUAUCAGUCCAUCUUAGAUGAGCUCAGGCCCAGCGAAGCCGACGGCGUUUCUGGGUGUUGUUGAUAAACGGUUUUCGCCUUGCAUAGGAGAGUUUUAACUUGCACUUACAGAUGUAGCGACCAACUGUAGUUACUGACAGUGGGUUUCUGAAGUGUUCCUGAGCCCAUGUGGUGAUAUCCUUUACACUCUGAUGUCGCUUGUUGAUGCAGUACAGCCUGAGGGAUCGAAGGUCACGGGCUUAGCUGCUUACGUGCAGGGAUUUGAUUUGAUCUGAUGUUUGUGUUUAUGCUUCACUGAUGAGAGUAUUUGGCCAGUGCCAUUUUGUCCCACUAAUUUUGGCGGUCCUUGAACUCAUUGUAGUUGGUUUACAUUUCCAACUUUCUCCGUCGCUGCCACAGAAAGGCGUGUUUUAUGCCACUCUUUCUUUGUCUCAUUUUGUCCACCAAACAUUUUAUGCUGUGCGUGAAUGCACAAAGGUGAGUUUUGUUGAUGUUAUUGACUUGUGUGUAGGGCUAAUAAUCCAUGCUAACACGCUAUUUAGGCUAGCUGUAUGUACAUAAUGCAUCAUUAUGCCUUGUAUGUAGGUAUAUUUGAGUUAAUUUAAUUUCCUUUACUUAUGUCCUCUGUGUAUUUAAUUUAUAUAUGCACGUCUCAUGACACUUUAUCUGUAUGUAAUAUUGGCUGCAUUUCUGAUAUUGUGCCAUGUCGUUCCAAGACCACAGCAAAUGUUACCAUGUUGUUCCAGACCACAGCAAACGUUGCCCAGCUUGCAAAGAUUGUA